AUGACGACAGAAGAGGUCGAGAACCUUGCCAGCCAGGGCCUGCGCGUACUCGCGUUCGCGGAUCGGAUGGCGGAUCCAGGUGUGGAUGUGACGCAGCAGAGUCGCGAGGACUUUGAGUCUGCUCCAUGGAACUUCCUUGGCCUCGCUGGAAUCUAUGACCCGCCUCGUGCCGAGUCUGCCGACGCUGUCGCCGACUGUGCUGUAGCCAAGAUCAAGGUGCGCAUGCUCACCGGCGACCACCCGAGUACCGCCACUGCUAUCGCACUGCAGAUCGGCAUUCUCUCUCGUAACUACCCUCCCGGUGCAGUUAUGACAGGACAGCAGUUCGACGCCCUGACUACGUCCGAGAUUGAUGCCCUGCCUGACCUGCCUACCGUUGUCGCACGCUGCGCGCCAGAGACCAAGGUCCGAAUGGUCGACGCUUUGCAUAGGCGACACGAGACGACAGCCAUGACUGGCGACGGGGUCAACGACAGUCCAGCCCUGAAGCGCGCCGAUGUCGGUGUUGCGAUGGGCACAGGUUCCGACGUGGCGAAACAAGCUAGUCGCAUCGUCCUAACCGACGAUAACUUUGCCUCCAUCGUGCGCGCGAUUAGUAAGGGACGAAACGUAUUCAAGAACCUCGCCAAGUUCCUCCUCUACCUCCUCAGCGGGAACGUGGGCGAGCUUGUCGUGCUCAUCAUCGGUCUUGCGUUCCGCGACCGCAACAAUGAGAGCGUGUUCCCGCUGUCCCCCGUUGCUGCACUGUGGAUCAAUACUCUGACUGCUGGGCCGCCCGCCAUGGCCCUCGGCCUCGAGCCAAGCAGCAAGGACAGCAUGCGCCUUCCGCCCUCGGAGUAUCGGACGAUCUUCACGCGCGAGUUCCUCGCCGACCUCAUGUUCUACGGCUGGUUGAUGGGCGCCCAGGCACUGGUCAACUUCGUCAUUGUCGUCUACGGGUAUUUCCCGGGCAACCUCGGCGCGCACUGUAACGAGCAGGAGGCGGGGUGCGGUGAUGUCUUCCGUGCGCGGGCGACCUGCAUGGCGACACUGCAGAUGGUCAUGCUUCUGCACGCCUUCCAGUGCAAGCACGCAACGAGGUCUAUCUUCCGUAUUGACUUGAGGAACAAUCCGACCCUGCUCUGGUGCGUCGUGGUGCUGGUGCUGAGCACGUUCCCCGUCAUCUACAUCCCCGUCAUCAAUAACAAGGUCUUCCUCAUCGCGCCAAUCGAUUGGGAAUGGGGUAUCGUCUUCGGCCAGAUCUUUGUGUACGGCUUUGCUUCGGAGGCUUACAAGUGGGCGAAGCGCAAGUUCAUGCGGUGCCACCCGAAGCGAGACGCUGAGGAGGGAGCGGCGAGGGCGGCUAUGCGCGAGAUGGAGCAGGUCAACACGACCGGCACCACGGGAGCUGUGGAUAUGGACAAGACGGCGACCAAUAGCAGCAUGCCCACCACCCCGCUCGAGAAGAACUACUAG